AGUUCACUCCCUCUCAGAAGAACUUCUCUUUCUCUCUCUCUCCUUUUCUUCCCACAGAAACCCUAAAAACCUUAAGAAAUCACAAGAUAUGGCUUAUUCAAGAGAUAGAUUGGUAAGAGAAGAUCCAAUGAUGAUAAUGUCUGGUGGUCGAAGAUCUAAUAAUAAUGGUAUUUGGCAAGAUUUAUUACAAGAAAGAAGAAGUUCAUCAAGAUUAAAUAUGAACACUAGCGGUGGAAGGAAUUUGUUUGGAUCGCCGAUUCAAUCUUCUUCUUCUAGAUUCGUGAGAAGAUCUACUACAGAAAUGUCUCCUUCCAUUAGACGAGAUGCUGGUUAUCAUGGUACUCCUGGGAUAACGUCUAGGUUAGGAAGUGAACGGUAUAGGAAUGAUCAUCUAUAUGGAACUCCUUUGAUGAAUGUUCAAGAAAACCCUUUUUCUGGUAUUGGUAAUCGACGAAGAGGAGGGCGUCUCAGGAAUAACAAUAGUCAGUUGCCCAAUUGGUAUCCAAGAACUGCUCUAAGGGAUAUUACUGGAGUUGUCAAUGCAAUUGAAAGGAGAAGAACCCGAUUGAGAGAGGGUGACAGCCAUCUGACUUCAAACCCUGAACCACCGCAAUCUAAUGUUCUAGGCUCCAACCUAUCCGAUACUGGGGCUCACCUCGAGCCUGAGUUCACUUUGGCCACCCCAAAUUUGAAGGCUGCUGCAGUUAAAGCUCACAUGACGCCUGUCCAGCACCUGCCGAAGAAUUUCCUUGGCACUUAUACUACUGAUGAAUCUGAUUUCCUGACUCCCCAAAAGCAAUUGUUAAACUCAAUAGACCAAGUUGGAAAAGUUGUACUGGAGGAACUCUUAAAGAUGAAGAGGACACCUACUGCUAAAAAGGCCGAGAGACAAAAGAAAGUACGUACUUUGAUGGCCAUGCGUUGAUACUCAGUUCCAUUUUUUAGUUGCAUAGAGAGAAAUAGUGGAAUGAAGUGAUAACAGAGGAAGAAGUAGCUGAGUAACUGAGAAGGAAUAGCAACUGAUUGGGUAGUAUAAAUCAUCCACUGAUGAUUUUUACCUUUUAGAAUUUGAUUUGCUUAGGGAGCUAUGUUUUGUCUUUUUCAGUUUUCUAUAUUGAUGCAUCAGCUGAAAGUCCGAGUAAGACUAGUAAGCAUCAUCGAUGUCUAAUGUUUUCUGCUGAAAGUCUCGGUGCAAGACUAGUAAGCAUCAUCAGUGUCUAAUGUUUCUGCUGAAAGUCUCGGUGUAAGACUAGUAAGCAAUAUCAAUUUCUGCUGAAGAGCUCUCUUAGGAUAGUAGUGACUGUUGGUUAAUGUCUUUCGCUGAGCGUCUUGGUAAAGACUAGUAAGCAUUGUUUUGCAACUCAUGUACAGCUAAGGUCAUAAGGCUCAUGUAUCGUUUCUGUUGUAGUGCAAUAACAGAUGAU